AUGCCGUCUACACCUCACGGGUACAUACGGCAAGAGUCUGACAUUGAGGAUCCCUCUGACAGCGACGAUGAAAGUGAUGUCUAUGAUGACGGCCCUAGUGGGGACUUUGUGGAUCCCUCAAUGGUGCAGAAGGACGGCUUUUGUCAACGGCUGUGUAGAUGCUUGUGUCCUCGGAGGAAAGUGAAGGAGACGGGCUUCCGACUGGUCCGCACUGACGACCGACGAACUAAUAGACCCAUCGUUGUUGAUGAAGAUGGGGAAAUGAAGUUCCUACGGAAAGUAUCUAAUGUUGUUGCAAGCACGAAGUACACUGUGAUGUCGUUUGUGCCUAUGGUGUUCGCUCAGCAGUUCAAGUUCUUCUUUAACUUUUUCUUCCUGGUUCUAGCGGUAACGCAAUCAUUACCGCCGCUACGGGUUGGGCCGUUAUUUACUUAUAUCGGACCUCUUGUAUUCGUCUUGUUGUGUACUAUGUUGAAGGAAGCGAGUGAUGAUAUCAAACGGUGGCGUCGUGAUAAGGCAGUGAAUAGCAAGAAGUAUACGAGGGUCAAUACGGCUGUCGGAGAUCUAGAGAAAGUCGCCAGCGCUGAUAUUAAGGUUGGAGAUGUUCUCCAGGUCCUCACCAAUGAGCGGGUCCCAGCUGAUAUGAUAUUAUUACGGACGGAAUUUGGGGAGCAGGAGGGAAAGAACGGCCAGACGUACAUACGAACAGAUCAACUCGAUGGAGAGAAGGAUUGGAAGCCUAGGAAGGCGCCCUCGUUGACCCAGGAUCUCGAGGGAUGGAGAGAUCUCUGUGGCGAUGUCCAGAUAUGCGCUAAGGUGGAGGCGCCUCAGAUGAGCAUCUACAAAUUCCUUGGUCGACUAUCUCUUCGUAAACUUGGUGAUAAUGAUGUCCAAAGUGAAGCCUUGGGCCUUGAAAACACCCUGUGGGCGAAUACUGUGGUCACACACGGGCCAGUGUACGGUCUAGUAGUGUAUACUGGAGUGGACAGUCGUACUGUUAUGAGCUAUGAUGACAACGCAUCUGAUGAUAAGACGUGUUUACUCGACAAGCAAGUCGACUUCUGUGCUAAGGUACCUUUGGAGGGUGUUGGUGUCCAUCGUACUGGUGUCGUUCGAUGA